AUGAUUAACACGAGCUCAGUUACUCCUCAAUAUGAGAAGCCAAGAAGAAGGAGAUAGUUUAAAGAAAUGAAAUUAUUUGAAUUCGAUUAAAAAUAAGAAGAAAAUUUAAAAUUACUUGAAGAAGUUAGAAAUCAUAGUGCUAAAUAAUUUAAUUAUAUAAUGGAUGUAGGGAAUGAAAUAUCAAAGCAUGCGAAAAAUGAAGAUUUAGAAGCUUUGUAAGAAGUAGCUAAUAGGAAUAUAGACAUUCUGCAUCUCUUACGUAUGCAUAUUGAGGAAACUUUUGAAUAAGUUUUACAAUUUCGCUUUGAUGAUAUUCUUGAAUAUUUUCUUGAAAAUGGAUUUAAUAUUAAAGAUAUAAAUAUGACCAGGGGUGUUAAUAAAUAAGAUUUUGAAUAUGAGUAUGAAUAAUUCAAUAAAUAUUUUAAAGGAGAUAAUUUCCUACAAUUUGCUCUUAUAGCUUUACUCAAAGAUAUUAUCAGAUUUCCUGGUAUAUUUUACAUUUUUGUGGGAAUUAAUGGCCUUUCUUUAAUAUUGUUAGCUUAAUCAGUUAUUAACCUAACUGGAAACAUUAUUAUGAAAAAAUAUAAGAGAGUAAAGAUGCCAAAAAGUUGA